AUGGACGCCUCUUCAGUCCUGGACUACACCCUGCGGUACCCAUGGUAUACAGACUCGGAUAUAUCCAGCCUUUCUUCCCCAUCUCUCUCCCCGGUGUCGUCCAUGGACUCCAGCCUCUCCCCGUCCUACCAGAAGCUACAUCCCCAAGCUCCAACGAUCACCCCUCACUCCGGACUCUCGCAGAAAUCUAAACCCGGACGCAAAGUGGGCCGAACCAGGCGGACCAGUAUUCGAUCCAAGCAACGGGAGAGUGCGAGUGAGAAGGAGAAGCUACGAAUGAGGGAUUUGACCAAAGCACUACACCAUCUCCGGUCGUUUUUACCGCCUUCAGUAGCCCCGGCUGGACAGAGUUUGACCAAGAUCGAGACCCUUCGCCUCACUAUACACUACAUCUCGUACCUGUCGGCUCAGCUCGGCCUGAGUGAGGAGGUGCUGUUCCGGAAAAGGGAGCAAGGAGAUCAUUCAGGCCACGACGCGACUUCCACGGAUCUUCUGAGCUUCUUCCAGCCCAGGCCCAUGAGAACACAGAACAAUCAGGGACUGGAACUGAACCCAAACUUCAGCCAGGGCCUCUACUCCCCCCAGGCGGCGAUACUGCGUCCUGGAAACUGCAGUUUUGGGAUGGAUCUGUACAGUAGAGAGUUCUGUGACGCCUCAACCCCGGAUGUGAGAAUAGAUGGAGUUAUUCAUUCAUCUCCAGCCUCAGACUCAUCCUACCAGAUGUACGACAGUGGGUUCCAGAUGCCGUUGGUUUCCAGUGAAUACUACGCCUGA